AUGAUGCAAGAUUAUUUUCCUAAAGGCAGCAAAAACGAUCAUUUGAAGGUGGAAGCCAAAGAGAAAAAAGGGAACGUCACCACCACCAGAUGUUCCUGGCUCCUCCCAGUGAGCUCAGCUGAACAUUCCAGCCCACCUUCAGGGAUCUGCCGGCUACUGCACACACUCACCAGUCUAGCAAGAGGAGACAAAAUGAGAGGACUGAUUGUCUUCAUCAGUGCGGUGUGCUUGGCCAGCACACAGCACCAAGCUCUGAUUGACUACUUGGAACGCCGACUGCUCGCGAUUGAGGACCGCAUCUCCCUGUGGCAUGAACAGGCCACCCGAUAUGCCUCCGAGCUGCGGGAACUCAAACAACAGAUGGUUUCUCAGCUCGAGAACCUGGACAAAGAGAAGGAGAUAUUGCGCGUGAGUCUGGACAGCAUGGGGACGCGCGUAGACCGAGUGGAGCGCGAGUUGGACUACCUGGAGAGCCAGAACGGCGCUCAGCCGUGUGUGGAUGUGGACGACAAGCUGAUCGAGCAGCAGGUCAUUGAAGUGCAGGAGAAGCAGAAGACCAAGUACUUCAAACUUACUGACUGCAACGACAUGCUUUCCACCAUAAAGGCCAUGAAGAUCUUAAAAAGAGUGGGAGGCCCCAAGGGAAUGUGGACCAGAGACACCGGCGGCGCCUCGGGGAAGGUCUUCGUCUUUAAUGGGACGCAUGAAGACAGUAUCUUUGAGUUUUCCACUGUCCAAGCCUUUACACGCUCACAGGGCCUGUCUGACUCCAGGCAGUUGCAGCUUCCCUCUGCGUGGCAGGGGACGGGACAUGUCAUCUACAACAAUCACGCCUAUCUGGUCAUUCAGGCUGAUGAGGUGACGCUGGUCAAAUACGACUUAAGAAACAGGUCUGUGAUUGAUAGCAUGGUGUUCCCAGACCAGGACUACCUCCCAGUGUACAGCCUAAACCCUGAAACUGUGAUGGACCUGGCUGUGGAUGAAGAAGGCCUGUGGGCCAUUUACUCAAAAGGUCAGAAUGAGAAGCAAAUCUCCUUGAGUAAACUAGACGCCGUAUCGCUGAGCAUCGAGCAGACGUGGGACACAAGCUGCCCAAGAAAGAACGCAGAAGCCGCCUUCGUCAUCUGUGGCACGUUGUACGUGGUUUACAACACGCAGCAGCCCGGUCGCUCGCAAGUGCAGUGCGUAUUUGACGUCAACGACAUGGUGGGCAACGAUGACGUGCCUCUGGUUUACUUCCCUAAACGUUACGGCGCUCACGCUAGUCUCAAGUACAACCCGCUGGAGCAGCUGCUUUAUGCUUGGGAUGAUGGAUACCAGAUUCUCUACAAACUCGUCAUGAAGAAGAAACUUGAGGUUUAGCACCAGACAGCGGAAUCUCUAACCAACUUUGUGGUAGCUAUCAAGCAGUUUCGGCCGCACGGUGUUGUGUGAGUCCCCUGGGCCAGUGAACAUUUUAAACACCUUUUGUACAAUUGUCUGUUUUGUGUCUCUUUAUAUUGUGCCACAAUGAGUUUACUGUGCAUUAAUGAAUAUCUUGUUUUCUUCACAUUGUGGCUUUUAACUGCUGACAGCCUUCUGCCUAGAUGGAUCUUGUACUUAGCUUUUUGUUAUUUAGACAGUUCAAUCAACUUUUGUCAUGAAUUAGAGUGACAUUUUUUAAAGUGCAUUCCAUUUUCACUUACUAAAUGGAAAAGAUUCAUCAGUAGCAGCCGAAGGAGUUCAAAUAUCUGCGAGGAUAUCCAAAUUUCCUCUUACUUUCCACUAAGCUCUUACAUGAGCAGUGCUUUGUUCUGAUUAGUUUUUGCCUGGUUGUGAUUAUGGUUUAUAAAGGAAAAACCAACUUGGCCUGAUUGAGAUACAGUUUACUUAAUCCAGUUAUAAUGAAAGACAAACAUGGGUAUAAUCCCUCGAGUAAGUCUUUGUGUUACAUCUAAUCAAAUGUGACAGCGGUGGUUCAAACCACAUCAAACAUUCGGUUCAAGCUCAAAGCUUAUUAGCAAGACUUGUUUUUUUUUUCUUGGUGGUAUUUGCUAGCUGGCUAGCACCGCUGUUUCCCUCUUGGAACUAUGGAAUUUUGUGAAUCAAAUAUGAUCAAUUUAGUUGUUUUUCACAAAUUAGAAUACUUUGUAAAUACCAAACACCACAAUAGGUGUAAUUCAUACAUUUAAAUAAAUC